AUUCAACCACUUGUGCCUUCACCCUAUUUAUAUUUUUUAUUCAUUGUAUUCUAUACUAUUAUUAAUUUUAGUUUGGUUGCAGAUAUCAUUAUCUUCAAUUCUAACUUCAAUAUGCAAUCGUUUUUGAAAAACAUUCCAAAAGUCAUUAAAUUUAUUCCUGAUCAUAGACCCAAAUCAGUCGAAACAAUCAUAGCGAAUAAGAGUAGAGUACUUUAUUUUCCAGUUAACUUUCCACAGCUAUUUCCAGUGGAAAAAUCAAUAUAUUUAUUGCACAUUGUUUGGCCGCAUCGAUGGGAAUUCGACAAAGGUCCUGAUGAUUUUUUUGAUGUUAUAUUCAGACUUAAAGAAGAAAAACUGCCUUUUAGAUUGUCUAUAUUAGGAGAAACGUACGAAGAUAUACCAGAUGUAUUCCAGAAAGCCAAAAAUGAAUUGACUGAUGAAAUAAUACACUUUGGUUUUGUUGAAGAUAAAGAAAAAUAUUUUAAAAUUCUGUCAUCCAGUCAUAUAGCAGUGUCAACUGCUAAGCACGAAUUUUUCGGUGUUUCAAUGUUAGAGGCAGCUUAUUGCGGUUGCUUUCCUUUGGUCCCUAACGGUUUAGUUUAUCCAGAAAUAUUUCCUAAAAUAUGUCUUUAUACCGAUAAGGAACAUUUAUUCAAGCUGUUGAAACAAUUUUGUCUUGAUCCAAAUCUUUUACAGAACUGCGAUAUGAAGUUUGAUGACUACUGUGAUAAGAAACUUGUUCCUGAAUAUUUAAAAAUAUUGGAAAUUUAAUGUGGACCGACCAAAAAAAUUGUUGUCGGGAUAACAUUUUCUCUUUUGCCAAAUUUUGUUCAAGCUUCACUGCGCCGUAGUCUUCCUUUGGC